GGUAUAGCUGUGUUCCAAGAAAAGCAGGUGAGCACCAUUAAUACAAAAUGUUCCAUAACUGUAUGAAAGAUGACACAUAAAGACAAAGUAAAACAAAUAGACAAAGAUAACACAACUAUAUAAAGGAGUGCCGUCUUGGAAUGGUCAAUGGAGAAAACAGCACUGUCCAGAUUAAUCACUAGCACAAAUAGGGAACAUUGUUUUGCUCAUAUCAAUGAUUGAUCCGCUAGUGUAUCAUUUAGCCAGCAAAUACUUCGAUCAUUAAUAUUUAUAAGGUAAUAUGCCUGUGGUCAGUAGCUGAUACUUUUUUUGGACGUACAUGUACAUGUCACAAUAACUUUGAUACUGAAAAACUGUUUCUACUCAUCACUUGAGAAGCUUUGACCUUCAGCUUUCAACUUCAUGUGAUGAUAACCUUUGGUCAAUAGGUGACUGCUACUGCCUUAGGCCAUGCAGUAGGUCCAAGGACAAGGUCAUUGGUACUUUAAACUGAUUACGUUCAGUAACUGGAGAACAUUUGGGUCUAUGGCCACCAAUCCUCAAUUAUUGCUUGCUUUUUACUAGUAUUCAGUGGAUGCUCCGUGCGCAGGCUUUUGUGUCUAAGGUUGGUUGAUCAGCGCAGGUGAAGACCACAGUGACCUUGACACUGAAAAUAGUUUUGACUUGAUAAAUGGAAAAUGCUUUCACUGAGACCUUCAGAUUCAAUAUGCUCAUUUCCUGUGGUAAGUAGAUGAUCAACUUUGUUUUCUGGGUCAGUAGGUCAAAGGUCAAGGUGAAAGUUUUUUUGAGACUGAAUAUGAUUUCUGCUCAAAAGCUGGAGAGCACUAGCAUAUUGUCUCCAAGCUACUUGGGCCGAUUUCCAGUUGUAAGUAAUUGUAAAUAAUUCUUUAAGGUGACAGCAGGUCAAGUUCACAGUGACUGAAAGCUUCGACACAGCCCCGAAACUUCGUAGGGUGACUGCUUUUGGUAAAAAAAAAAUCCUCUAUUGUUUUCGUUGCAAUAAAAACCGUUUUGUAGCAACAAGUGAAGAACGCUUGAACCUAAAGCAGUCUCAAUCAUAUGAUGAUGAUGUCGGUAGAUGACCUCUUUAGUUUUUGUGGUCAGUGGGUGAAAGGUUAAUGUUUCAGUGUACUUGCAGCUUGGAAAUAGAUUCCAAGUUACCUCCGACAGUACAUCAUUCAAGGUGUAUUUCUGAAGAAAUGUUUAUUGCUAAUAUUUAUUCAGUAAAAACACAAAUAUUGUACAAAGUCCAUCGCCGCAAUCUGCUAUUAUUUUGAACCAUGUGUAGUGAACUGUUUUUGACGUUAUAAACACGUUGCUUGCAUGUGUGAGACCUACAUAUAAUUGUAAAGAGAGAACAUUUGAACCAAAACUCUCACUUGUAAGCCUCGGUGGCACCAACUGAUUGGUUUUGUCACAUAUAACUAUCGCCAAGGUAUAAAUCUCGUGUCUGGAGUAAGAUUUAGACAUUUUGUGCCUUGUUGCUGCAGCGAUCUUUGGGAGGUAGAUUUCCAUAUUCUGUCGUUGACUUCUGUUUCUGAAAUUAUUCAACUAUCAGGUUAUGAGUUGGCGAUUAAUAAUUUCAGAUAAAACAAAGCGUCCUGUUAGCCUUUCUCGGAAAAGUCAUGCUUGAUUGCCUUUAUAAACUGAACCGCAUAUUAUGUAAUGUAUAUUUACUUAUUUUUAUUUUAUUAUAAAAUAAAAUAAGUACAUCAGUUGCAGUUAAGGUGAUUGCUAUUUUAGUAAAUAAGACUCCAUUUUGAAAUGCGUUAAUUUCAAAAAUAUUAAAAGUAAAAGAUGUAUGUAUAAUCUUGCAAAAUGUAUUAAAGAACCUUCAUGUUAUACGAAAAAAAUACUCUUGAAUAUUUACUUGUCUUCUGAUCGUAUAUUACUGUUCUCUUUCGUUCUUAUCACUGUCUAGAUGUUCCCUUUCAUGUAUAUGAUUGUAUUUGUUAUAAGCUUUUUUUUGUGCUUGUAAAUGGCUAAAGGCAUGCCAUAAAGCUGAAACUGGUAAUCAAAAGCUCCAAGUAAUUAUAAAAAUCGUUUGUUCAAUGUGUCAACAAUUUGUUAUCAGUAUGAUCUCUUUCAUCAUUUAAUACAAUAACUAGGACAUAACUUCAUCACUUUGCACCUGGUGUAGACGGUAGUAUAUAUAGUUAAUGAUGCAGUCAUAUGACGAAUAAGCUAAAAUGUUUCUCUCAAAUUUACUGCUCGUUACAGUGUUUUCAUUUUUAACAAGUGUUAUACCAUGCACUAUUUUUUCCGGCGUAAAUGCGUCUUCGACUGAGGAAUUAGUUCGACGUUUUGUGGAGACGUCUAUGCUGUGCAAUAAGCAUAAAUACAAUCCUGCAGUAUCCAUAUCGGUUGUUAAAAAUGGAAGUCUACUUUUUGCGGACGGCUUCGGUCACGUUGAUGGAACAAACUCAUCAUCAGCACGACCGACGAGUGAUACUUUGUUUGGAAUUGCCUCCCUUACAAAAGCAUUCACAGCCACUUUGCUGGCAACAUUGAUGGAGGAGAAAGGCAUACCACUGUAUACAUACUUGAAAAGCUCGAGCCUGUUCAACAACAAUCACAUGUUCGACAAGUACGAGCACCGUACCUAUGCGACAGUGAAAGAUACACUUUCUCAUAGGAUGGGAUUCGCUAACCACAACUUUCUUCGGUUUGGCAAAUACAGGAGCACAGAUAUCUUUGAUAUAUGUAAAAAUUUGAAGAAAAAGGCUGCAAUUCGAACAUCGUUUUACUACAACAACAUUAUGUACGGAUUAAUGGCAUCCCUUAUAGAGAAACUAGGGAAUGACACAUAUGAAAGCCUGAUGACGUCACAUUUGCUGCGACCACUAGGCAUGACCAGUACCACAUUUAGCGGUAAUGCUAAUAUAGAACAGCUGGACCUUGCUAGACACUGCAUCGACACGGAGGGAAGCUUAUAUAACGUGCCAUAUAGCUUCACGAGGAAAUGGGCUGAAAUGGCUGGUUCCGGUAACAUUUUGUCCAGUGCAAGUGAUAUGGGAAAGUGGAUGAACUUCUUUCUCAGUGGUGGCAAAAAUAGCAGUGGCCAUACAGUUGUGCAGGAAUCAGUUAUUGAUGACAUUUUCCACGGGGAGAAUCCUAUUCCACAAUCAGCUGUGGAUUACAUGAAAUAUUUCACUCAGCCAGAAGCACCAGUCACACUUUCUCAAGACGUUUACUUACUUGGCUGGAGGAAAGGAUACUAUCGAGGUUUACCAAUUUAUUCGCACACCGGGUCAACUUGGGGAUCGAGUACUAUGAUAAUUAUUAUACCCUCCAAACACCUCGGCGUCUAUGUUGGUAUGACCGGUCGUGAUAAAGACUACCUAUUCCGUACAAAGGUCGUGACAUAUAUAGCAGACUUGUACCUUGGCGUUACUCCAUGGAUCCAGCCGAACCAGUCUUGUGAUUUCCCGGAACCGUUUUUCUCGGACUGGUCCUCAAAUAAACUCUAUAUCGAUCGUGACGAAAACGCUACUCGACCACUAAACGAAUACGAAGGAAUUUUCAUGAACGCAUUAUAUGGACAGGUAACUGUUGCGAGGAACCAGUCAGAUGAUCUUCUAUAUUUACAAUACGGUUGGGCACAUUUUAAAUUGUACCCAAGAACCAAGGACAGCCAGCCGGAUGAAUUUUACAUGGAAGGCCAAGGAGAGCUCCAUAAUAUUAUAAACUUUGCAGAAUGUGUGUUUAGUCAUAAUGGAACACAUAUUGACAAAGUGCUGAUGACGAAAUGGGAACCGAGUGAUGUACCUGAGUUUGCAAGAGUAGCUUAAAUUGCUAAGGCAACUGCAGAUUGAAAAAUUACUGAGAUACGAUAUCAGUACUCUUGCUGUUGCUGCACCUCGGAGUCUCCUACUUACUUCUGUUUCUUUUAUGCUUCCUAAAUGAAAUAAAAAAACAUCAGUAUCGUAACACGUGAAAUAAUACUUGGUUAUUUUAAAAGUCCGGUCACUACAUCGAACGCUUUGGCAUAAAAGAUUGUUGUUGGCUAAAUUUCAGUCACAAGUAGGCUACUCAAACUCCAGACUUGAUCGAGAUUUGAUUCCGAAUUUUAAGUCCGGUCACUACAUCGAACGCUUUGGCAUAAAAGAUUGCUGUUGGCUAAAUUUCAGUCACAAGUAGGCUACUCAAACUCAGAUUUGAUCGAGAUUUGAUUCCAGAUUUUAAAAAGGUUUAUCAGAAGUAUUCUUUAGCGAUUAUAUUGCAUAGAGUGCCUGAACACCAAUACAGUUUCCUCAACAGUAUUUAUCUCACCCAUAUGGAGUCAGUUAUCGGUUACUGGACGUAUAAUUGAGUAGUUCCAUUAGAGCGUAUCUGACAAAUAGCUUUCACUUUAUCAGAUAUAAAUUGCCCAAAGUGCCAGACGAGUCGAAUUUUGGAGGUAAAAUUCAAAUUAUUGCAGUCACAGAGUGCAGAUACGAAAUCAGCCUACCUGUUCGAUUAUAUACUUUGUAUAAAGCGCCGAACAAUAGAUAUACUGCCGACCCUAGUAUGAAACUAUCCUCCAUAUGUUUCGAGAGCGAUUACGUUCAGCUGUAAGGAUAAAUUUAUUUCUCAGUAACAACAUGGAACUGUCCACAAUAUAGAAAAGCCAUCCAGUGGGUUCACCGCAUUUCAGUUCAACCUAUGUUUGAUCCGUCAAAUACAUGGCAUGUUUUUCCAUAAAUUGCAUUUCUUGCACAACUAAGUUCUGGUCGCGAAUUCAUAGAUGCUCAUUGGCAAUUCAAAUCCAAGGUCGCCGGGCCAAGAUGAUUAAAUUAUAAAUGUAACCUGCUAGAUAUACGAAUUGGUUUGAGAAAAUAGAGCUAAUUACACCAGUACACGGUAUGUUAAGUAAUGAAAACCUGAAAACAUGGAUAUUCGAAAUUCUUUCUUUUUUUUUAAAUUUAGAACACCAUUUAAAUGCGACAUUUUCAUUUAAUACUUUCAUAGAAAAAGCAAUUGUCAGAUGAAUGUAAUUAUUCAGGAAAGACACUACUUCUUACAUGUAUAAUAAACGGUCGUAUGCUGACAAUUAAUUAAUGUUCAGAUAUAUACCGCGUUCAUUAAACGGUCAAGUUGGAACCAAUGUUCCGUCCUUCGAUACACUGAGUAUCUUCUUGCAGACCUUUGGAGCCUAUAGUUUAUGCUUCCAUUCGGAUCUAAGUUCUCACCCACUAACUGAAUCGUCGUUCGCAUAUAAAGACCAAUUAAAACUAGAAAAACAAAUUUCAGACUCGAUUCCUAGCAGUAAAUGAUUUCUAUUUCUCAUUUUAUAUCUUUCCUGAUUUCUUCAGAGCAGUGCAAUGAUCUUGUCUUUACUAAUCUCUACAGACUUUGUGUAAAUAUAUAAUUAUUUUAGAUUCGUGCUGUUCUUUCCUAAGUUAAAAUAUGGGAUUUGAUGAAAAUUCCGUCUGUAGUUGUAUAUAUUUUAAAAACAUACAUCUUUAAAUAAUUCAUGGAUAUUCAGUCACAAGCUUAAUCAUACAAAUAAACUGAGCAACAAAAAGAAGUAAACAAAGAUUGAAAUUC